AUGAGAGUUUCCCCUUUGUUGACGCUGCUUUCGGCACUUGCUGCCACAGCCUUGACGUUUAUAUGUCUGCUUGGAGGCUACUCGACAACAACCCUCACGAAUCUCGACCUAUUCAAUCUCAAUGUAUCACAAAUAGCAAAUACAAAAUUCAAUAACGGCACCGGCAACGGGUGCAAUUGUGUUGAAUUCACAAAUGGCACACUGACGAUAAAUGGGACCGCCGUUAUUAACGGUACUCUCACAGUGCAGUAUGCUCAGCUUGAUAUCUUCGAGUUCUACUCGGUUUAUGCCAUCAAUUAUUGCGAGGGCGACUUCCUCCCGUCCUUUCAAGACCCCCAUGCAAGUGCCGUCAUAACUCAUUGCGAAACUCCGUCACUCUCGCGGCGAUUCGAUCUUGUUACCAUUAUGGAAACGGCCAUGACGCGCCUUGGUAACGCCCUUGGGGAGGACAUUUCUUUUGACGACCUGGACUGGCCCAAUGGGAUAACCAGCGCCUUCGUCUACGUACAGUCGGCAGUUCCGGCCAUGAUUGUUUUCUUUCUCAUUGGACUCUCCUGUCUGCUAUUGGAAUCGUUCGCGGCAGUUUGGGUUUUGUUUACAACCAGCAGAACUGCUGUAAAAUUCAUCCUCAUCACCUCAGUUCUUGCUUUACUGAGUCUUACAAUUUGUGCGGGCAUUGCAACAGCUAUCAUUACAAUCGUUGUCAAUGGUGUCAAUGCCAAUGGUGAGCAGAUUGGCGUGUCUGCAAACCAAGGGAACGUUUUUCUAGCCCUGAUCUGGAUUGCUGUCGCCCUUCUCUUCGUCUCGACUCUGACGACCAGUAUCACCCUUUGUGUCGGACCCAGCCGGCGCAAGACGCAUACUAGGUUGAGAGAACAGGAUGGGUAUGACAUGCCUCCUGUGGCACUCAAACGGAGGCCAGCACCGUACUACAUGCAUCCUCCGGAUUCGAGCUAUUGGGACGCAUUCUCUUCCAGAAGAAUGCUGGUGGAUCCGCGGGACCGGGAGGAAGAAUAUUACCCUUACGGCGAGGAAUUUAGAUAA